ACGUGACUCAGAGCACACCUGAGGUCCGGCACGUCGCUCACGUCGCGGUUGGACACGUGACGUGACGUCACCGCUGGAGUCGUCCCGGCAGCGCGGAGGCUCCUCGUCUCAUUGGAGUCUUCUGCUCUGAGACGGAGGUCGUGAUGAAGCUGCUGCUGCUCCUCCUCCUCCUCCUCCAGGUGCCCGGAUGUGCGGACAGCAGGUGCUUCUGUCAGGUCACCGGAGACCUGGACGACUGCUCCUGUGACGUGGAAACUAUCGACGGCUUCAACAACGACAGACUGCUCCCCAAACUACAAGCCCUCCUGGAGGAGGACUACUUCAGGUUCUACAAGGUGAACCUGAACAAGGUGUGUCCGUUCUGGGGGGUCAGCAGUCAGUGUGGGCUGAAGGACUGCGCUGUGAAGACCUGCUCACCUAACCAGGUUCCAGAGGGGAUCAGAUCCUCCUCCCAGGAGCAGUUUUCUGCAGACGUAAACGAGUGUGAGCAGACGGAGAAUCUGGGAUCUGUGGAUGAUUCUUUAAGUGACGAGACCAGAGAGGUUCUGCUGGACUGGAGCGAACACGACGACGGGGAGCAGAGCUUCUGCGUGGAGGACGACGACGAGUCUCCGGACUCCCAGUACGUGGACCUGCUGCUGAACCUGGAGCGCUUCACGGGCUACAGAGGCCCGGAGGCCUGGAGGGUCUGGACCAGCGUCUACGAGGAGAACUGCUUCAAGCCGCCCGGCGUGAAGCGGAAGCUCUUCUACAGCUGGCUGCAAGGUCAGUGUGUGGAGAAGAGGGCGUUCUACCGGCUCAUCUCUGGCCUCCACGCCAGCAUCAGCAUCCACCUGAGCGCCCGGUACCUCCUGGAGGACCGCUGGUUUCAGAAGCGUUGGGGUCACAACGUGUCUGAGUUCCGGCGGCGCUUCGACUCGGAGCUGACGGGCGGCGAGGGCGCCGCGAGGCUCCGAAGCCUCUACUUCCUGUUCCUGGUGGAGCUGCGGGCGCUCGCCAAGGCGCUGCCCUUCUUCCAGCGCCCGGAGGUCCGGCUGUUCACCGGCCGCCCGGAGGAAGACCGCAGGCUCAAGGGGAUGCUGCUGCACGUCCUGCAGCUGGCCCGAUCUUUCCCUCUUCACUUUGACGAGACGUCUCUGUUCACCGGAGAUGAAAAGGAGGCGGGGCAACUGAAGGAGGACGUGAGACUAGCCUUCCUCAACAUCUCCAGGGUCAUGGACUGUGUGGACUGCUUCAAGUGUCGGCUGUGGGGGAAGCUGCAGACUCAAGGUUUGGGAACCUCGCUGAAGAUUUUGUUUUCCGAGCGUCAGAUUGAGGCUCCGCCCCUUUCCAGCGGCCAGAGGCCUCGUUUCCACCUGAGCCGCCAGGAGAUCGUCUCUCUGCUCAACGCCUUUGGGAGGGUUUCCACGAGCAUCCGAGAGCUGAAGAACUUCAGAUCUCUGUUGGCUGAGGAGUGAAGACCUGAAGAGAGACCCGCCUCGGUUCUACUGGGAGGGACCUGGACCGGUCUCAGGGUAGUCCUGGUCCUCUACAGACCUCAGUUUAGUUCUGGUCCUCUACAGACCUCCAUCAGAAAACAGACCCUCAGAGAGAAGGUGGUCUGGUUCGAGUUCUCCUAAUCGGAGCCACCGGGUCGGAUUCUGGAGAAACCAGAUGACGUCAUGCAGGUUCCCCAGAACCUCCUUCAGCUCACACUAGACAGACCCAGAUCCAGUUUCUAGAACCAACACUACCACUUUAGUUCACAGGGGGCGCCAGAACCAUCACAAGAGGAAAGUUCCUCGUAGUAACUUUAAGUAAAAGAAGCACUAUUACAGUGUAAAAAUACUCUAAUAAAAUAAAAGUCCAGCUUUCAAAAUCGUAAUCACGGACAAAAAUAUUGGCAGCAAAUUAUACUUGAAGUAUUAAUCAUGAAAUAAUUAUUUGAUUAUAAUUAUUUAAUAAUAUGUUUAUCAUUUUUAAGUUGCAGCUGGUAAAGGUGGAGCUCAUUUUAAUGACAUAUAUAUAUAUAUAGUGUGUGUUUAAAACAUUAUAUUGUAUUCGCUGAUUAUAAUUUGUAUUCAUUUAAUUGUAAAAGUAAUCUAAGUAAUCAAACAAUGAAGUACAAGUAUAAAGUACAACAUGUAAAGUGAAUGUAAAGUCCUCACCGUGUCUUAAAGGUGCAGAGUGCAGUGAGUGGCGCCAUCUAGUGGUGAAGCUGCAGAUCUCAACCAACAGAAACUUCUCCCGUGUGCCGACGCUACGAUUCUUAUUUUAUGGUAUAAACUAAAGAAAAUAUAAAUACUAACUUAUUGAUGUUAUAUUCCACUUCUGCUAAUCCACAAAGGCUACACACUGCUCCUUUAAAUGAGGUACUUGUACACACUGAGUUUAUUUUUCUGGGAAGAAUUAAGACCCUUUUUUAAAAUCAGAAGUAAAUUAGUAGUUUUGACAUACACUUGUGGUAAUACUUUAUCUUCACUACUACAUUAAUAUGUGAGUUGUAAUAAUAAUUAAAGCUGCAAGCAGCGAUGAACGGGUCCUCUAUCCUGCUUCGCACGUCGGGGGUGCCGGCUGGACGCCGGCCCCCUCGGCCGAGAACGCAUGCACGCCGAUCGUGCGUUUUACCGUUUGUCACGCGACACUGAUUUUACUUUGCUAGUCGGUGGCGCUUUGACUCUGAAUGAAAAAAAGGCUUGUUGAUAUCCUCAGGCCGUGAAUUCUAUGAAGCAUGAGAAGUUUGGAGCAGAUUCGAGCGAGUCCAGGGUUGCCAGCAGGGGGCACGUUGACAAUUUGAACAUAUACAUGCAUCAUGUGUAUCCACGUGAAGUCUAGACCUUGUCAUGUAAAUUACAUGUGAAUGUGAUGCUUUUUAUGCUGAUUUGCUUUGGCCACUCAGUGGCGCUAUGACUUGAAUUAGCAUAGGGAUCUCUUUGGGUUUAAGCUCUAGGAGGAGUUAACUGUUUAACAACUGCCCAAAACGUGAACAAAUAAUGCAAAUAGGCAUAUAUUGAGGGAUUGAUUGUAGCGCCCCCUAAUGUUCAAAUAUUCUGAAAAAAUUAUGGGAUGUUAGGACAUCUCAUAUGGACAUAGUCUAGCAUUUUGGUGGGGACAGUUCAAGUAAUUUGGAAGUUAGGACCCUUUAUAUAUCAGGCCACACCCUUUAGAUGUUCAUUGGCCCAUAUCCUCUGAACGCAAUGAGAUAUUAACGAUCGCUUAAAGAUUGCUGAUGUCAUUGAUCCAUUAUUGAACCACAACAAGUUGUGUAUAAAUCGGACUCAGCGUUUAGUAGUAGUUGGAAAGAAUUUGUUUUUUACAAAAUUCAAAAUGGCGGAAAAUCCAAGUGGGCAGAGCUUAUGGUCACCACAGUAUUUUUUGUAGAGCAGGUCCAAGCGGACAUGUAUGCUGAAUUUCAAGGCAAUUGGUCCUUGUAAGCAAAUAAUGUGGACAUUUUAAAAAACAAUAAAGUCUAGGGGGCGCUAUCGAGCCAUAUAGGUAGUUUAGAGCAUGGUCCCAAGAGACUUUUCUUUCCGUAUACAUGUGGUACAUAUGCUUACUAAGUUUUAUACAUGUAGGUCAAACGUAGCACUGGGGCUGCGGGAAUUAAUAUUUGUAGGUGGCGCUAUAGAGCCAAAUUACCAUUUUGAAGCAUUGAAAUGAUAUCGGGUAACUACAUCUUUGACUUUAAUUGUGUGUGCUAAGUUUAGUUACGUUUCGAGCAUGUUUAGUGCCUCCAAAGCCCCUUCGUUGUUUGAUGCAAAGAAUGGGUUGCCACGGCAACAGUGUUAGACGAAACAUCAAAUGCUUUGUCUUCUGGCAUCAUGAAACUAAAACCUUCAUGUGGAACAAAUUUGAUGUUGAUCUGAUUUACCUUCUAAGAGAAGGAAGCCAAAGUAUAAACGAUUUUUGUUCCCGUUACCAGUAGGUGGCGCUACCACUAAAAUAAAAAAAUUAGACUGCACAUGUCUUCAGGCCUGGAGUGUCAUCACACGAGGAGUUUAGAACGGAUCUGAUGAGGUGUAGUCGAGUUACAUCAGUUUAUUCGUUCACGGCGAAGGAUCAAUGUUUGCCGAUGGAGAGAUUCGCCGCAGUUCAACGUGUCGCUACGAGCUUCACAGGGAAGCAUCAUCAAGGUCUUAGGUCUAUUCUGGUAUAUUAUGAGAGGGAUCUGGAUAAUCUGUGAGAAGGGUAUAAAAGUAUCAAAAAGGUAACUUCCUGUUGCCAUUAGGUGGCGCUAAGACCAUAAUAAAAAAUUAGCAUAUGGAUCUCUUCAGGGUCAGUAUGUCAUGACGUAUGAGAAAUAUGGCGCAGAUUACACAAUGUAUGGCCGAGUUACAUCAACGUACAUUUUCAUGGCGAAUGGCGUUUCUUUGCCGGUCCGGCAAACGCACAUAGUUUAAUAUUUUUUAAAUCCUUCGAUGAUUUUUUAAGACAAAGGUCUCAAGAACAUACUGCCCAAGUUUGGAAUGAAUCGGGUUUAAGCUCUAGGAGGAGUUAACGGUUUUAAAACCCCUAAAAACAUGAAAAAAGGCCAAAAAGGCAUAUUUUGAGGGAUUGAUUGUAGCGCCCCCUAAUUUUCAAAUAUUAUGAAAAAAUCAAGGUAGGUUAAGGGUGUCCUUGUGGACAUAGGCUACUAAUUUGGCGAAGAUAUACCAAGUGAUUUGGAAGUAAGGUGUCUUUAUAUAAUAGGCCACACCCCUUGCAUGUUCAUUGGUCCAUAUCUUCUGAACGCAAUAAAAUAUCGACAAUUCCUGAAAAUAAUUCCUUUAAAUUGAACCAAUAAUGAACCUCAGAAAUUUUGGUAGGAAUCGGAAAAAGCGUUUUGAAAAAAAGUGCACAAAAACAGUUUUUUACAAAAUUCAAAAUGGCGGAAAAUCUAAGUAGGCGCAUUUGAUGGCCACCAUGAACUUAUUUGUAGAGCAGGUCCAGGUGAACCUGUAUACCAAAUUUCAAGUCAAUCGGUCAUUGUUGAAAAAAAGUAUUAGCUUUCUACCUCAAGGGGGCGCUAGAGACAUUUUUUUAUAAACAAAUACGAAAACUAAAAAAUCAUAAAUUUUUCACGAGUUCUGAUAUGCGUGUGAAAUUUCACUUGGGUGCGGUCUGAGGUGUGCGGCCAGUCGAGGUUUCCGUGGAGAGAAAAAUAAUAACUCUUAGAAAAACAAUCGAGCGUAUUCACGUGACGUCAGAAUCUCAAUCGCGCCAUCUUGGGGUCCCACUUAUUAAAUGUCAGAAGAAGUUGACCUGGCUAUCGUGUCCGCUGUUUGAUUAUGCGAGAGCCCAGCAACCUCAUGUCCUUCUGCAUUACCAAAGAAAGACUUCAGCGGUUGGAAUUGAAUAUUUGCAACGUUUUUUACCUGAUUUUACUCGCUCAACACUUUGUGGUUAAUUCGCUAGUUACCCCUAGUGACCAGCACAUAGCCCGGUCACAUUCCUGUAAAACAGUUUUCAUUUCCGCUAUGGACCAUGGGACAUUAACAACUAUUUCUGCGUUAUACUUGUUGUGGAAAUACCACAAAUAUCGGAACAUCAAGCGCCCCGUGUCUGGGUUCAUAUAUGAUCCGUAGUCGCACAGCUCCGCCUCCAGGACGAGUGUCUGGAUGAAGCCGCUUCCAGCUCAUUCAGGACCAGCAGUGACUGUUUGGCUGGCCGUGCUGAUGCUGUUCCCAUGGAGACAGUGUUUUAUUUUACCUUGAAAUGAAUCACAGAGUAAAGGCAGACAUCGCCCGACGGAGUUGCCAUGUGCAUGGCUUCCUCCCAAGUUUCCAUCCACAGUUCCUUUUGCGCAAGUGAAAGACAUUGAUUUUCGCUCGGCGAAAAAAGCAAAAAGAGAUUAUUGACGAGAGUGUGUCAAUGGAAACGUGCCCACAACCCGAUGUAUCAACAGUAUAAUCCUAACGCUCAUACGCCGAGUGAAGCCGAAGUAGAUGCAUGACAAGUUGAAGUAAUAGCCUGUCUUGUUGAGCUGAUAAACAAAUAUUCUGAAUCAUUAGUCCCACAUCCAACAAUGAGGCACAGUAAUCACAAGGCACGCCGCUUUGAACUGAAAUCGUGUCUCCUUCAGGAUAUAAUGGUCAUUUCUAAGGGAAGAGCGGCAUACAAACAAGCAAAACAAUGCCGUGGAGGGACCCCAACAUGGCCGCCAGAGUUUGUUGUGGUCACGUGAGUGAAUACGCUCUAUAGGUUCCUCUACGACGAAGUCGUAGUAGAGGACCCUAAUAAGACGAGACCGAAGACUGUUGUCAUGUUUCUAGUAAAUAAAAUAUGUGACGGCA